AUGUGCAAAACAAGUUUAUCCCUGUACAUCUAUGCGGCGAUCGUGUGCUAUGUGGUGGGAGAGUGCGGGCCGCGGCUGAAGUACACAUGGGGCGACGCCCUGCAGGGCUCCGAAUGUCCCGGGCCCGAUGGAGCGCCCUACCCACGGCACCUAGUGAACCGAGCUCUCAAGACCGGACUGGGCGCGUCGAUGCGGCAGGGGCGCGCAGCACGGACCCUGGACCCUCAGAUCAUGAGGAGGGCGCUGCUGGACGCCCACGCCGGCUACUCCGAGGGUGUGAUGAAGCCGGGGAAUAGGACUGCGCGCGCAUCCAACCCCGACACGUGCGGCGGGGGUCGGCUGUGCCGCACGCGGUACAACACGACCGCGCCCAUGUACGGCGUGUCACUCACCAGCGGCCAGCCCGUCACCAUCGUGCAGAAGUUCCCCGAUCUGCUGCAGCAGGUCGUCUUCGAGGUGUGCGAGUCCACAGAAUGCUCGCUGGUCCGGGGCACGUGUACGCAGACGUACGUGCCUUACCUGUUCCUGGUAUUACCCCUCGGGCCCGUGACACUAACCGGACAGGACUACGUGCUAGUUGAGUCUGGCUGCGUGUGUCGGCAGGACGCGCUGUAGGGCUUUGACGUUACAACAAAAAAGUUAAAAUGUCACAUUUGACGUUUGAACUUUUUAAAUUGUUUUCAAAAAGUUCGAACGUCAACGAACAACGUCCUUAGAGCGUGUCCACACGGGCGUUGCGUCAGCGUUGUGUCGACGCAGCGCUGCCGUUUGACGCAUAGCCGGCCAUACGGGCGCUGCGUUAUCGCAGCGUUAUCACGAAGCAGUCUUAACGUCAAUACCCCCUCCCGCUUCGUCUCGGGGGCUGC